AACCAUUAAUGCAUUAGAACCAACAGGUGUGUGCUUUGCAUUGCAUGUGUUCCUGCCUUUCUGUUUUUCUCGCUUUCUUACUUCCUUUUCCAUCCCUCUCUCUCUGUCACUCCCUCCUUCACCCUCCCCUGCUGUCUAUCUCCUCACCCUCACUGUGUGACCUGUCAAUAAUUGAUGAUUCUCACUGACUCAAAGGGUAGCAGGUCCGGGAGAAAAUGUCUCACUCAUUUCUUUAUUUAUUUACAAGCCCAUCUUUAAGCUCAGCCGGUCUGUGAAACCACCACAAGCGUUCACUCGGGAUCGAUAGCGCGAAGCAGCGUGGAGCACCUGACCGUGUCCGUCUUACAGUUAGCGGCGGCUGCUGCACCUGUGACCACGAGCGGGUUAAUGCUGCCUGUCUGGCUGACAGCAGGACAGAGGCAGGAAAGGGAAGCUUAAAUGAGUGAAUGGCAGGGGGCAGAGGAGGAGGAAGAGGAGUGACAGAAUGAUAGAGUGAAUUAAUUCAACCUUAGCCAGCCCUGAUUGACUCAGCACCAAACUGGCAUGUACAAACAUUCACAGUGACACCAAAGGCAUGGAGAGAGAAAAGAGGAAUGAUAUGUCCUACUCUAGAAAGAGAAGUUUCACUUUGGGGGCAUAUGGCAGCGUGGAUAGAUUCACAUGUGGGGAUGAGACGGGACCUGAAUCUGCACAGGACAAAAGUCUGGACAACCUGGAUUCUCCUGCCAGUGAGCGCAAGCCUUUCCGUUCUUCCAGCAGCAACCAGAGGGAAUCAGAGCUGUUUGAAAUCAUAGAGAAGCUGCAGGGCAGCAGGAUCGAUGAGCAACGAUGUGAAUUCCCCCUUCCUCUCAAGUCUCCACUUUUGACAACUGGGCGAGAGCUGCCGCUUAUCCUUCCUUCGAAACUGGGAGGCUACUGGAUAGACCCCCCUCUGGACAGACUGGUAGAUGUGAGUCCCACCUCUUCCCACUAUGGCGUUGACCCAGAGAGCUAUGACAUCAUGGAGAGAGACGGUGAGGCCAAAAUCUAUCACGAGUUCUUCCGCUCACGAUACCAUCACUCUUUCACAGCAGUGGAUCCAACUUUGGGCCCGCUGGUUCUCUCUGUGUGUUUGGAGGAAGAGGAGAAUAGGCUCAGGGUGAUUCUAAGGAUGAAGGAGUGUUCUCUGCAUGGAGUCUUCUCUGUGUCUCUUUUCCCCACCAUGCCAUCUGCAGUUGAAUUAGCAAAGAUGCUUUGUGACCGAGUGACUGUCUCAAAGUUUGACGUGGUCUGCUACCUGAAGGCUCCAGAACUUAUAACCACAUUUGAUGAACACAGAGUGUCUCCUAAUUUCAAGUUUGGUGUUUUGUGCCAAAAGAACAGGCAGCUCACUGAGGAAGACAUACUGGGUAACAAUGAGGAAAGUGAGGAGUUUAAAGAGUUCCUGUCUAUUCUGGGAGAGACAGUUCAGCUGCAAGGAUUCACGGGCUUUAGAGGAGGACUGGAUGUGUGUCAUGGUCAGACAGGAAGUGAAGCAGUCUACACUUCCUUUCGUGGGAGAGAAAUCAUGUUUCAUGUCGCAACUAAACUGCCUUACACAGAGGGUGACCCACAGCAGCUACAAAGAAAAAGGCACAUCGGUAAUGACAUCGUAGCUUUGGUCUGCCAGGAGGGACAAACCCCCUUUCUGUCUGAUGUUAUCAAGUCUCACUUCCUUCACUGUUUUAUUGUCGUCCGGAGGAUUCAGAGGCAAGAGGGAACAGGUGGAGCAGCAUAUCAGGUGUCUGUCACGGCAAGAGAAGAUGUUCCUCCCUUUGGUCCAGUGCUUCCAGAUCCCCCUGUCUUUACAGAUCAUUCAAAGUUCAGAGAGUUCCUGCUGGCUAAACUCAUUAACGCUGAGAUAUCCUGCUAUAAGGCUGAGCAGUUCAGCAGGCUGGAGGUCCGCACUCGUUCAUCACUCCUGGAGAACUUGCAGGCUGAACUCUUCACCCGUUCCCAGUGCAUGAUGGGGGAUCAAUCACUGAUUGCUGUCCCCACUUCAGAGGGCCUGCGGGGGCCUUCUGAAGGAAGUGGGGGAUUUAUUGAAAACUUUAAGAGAGCCAUCAGAGUGCGGAGCCAUUCUUUUGAGAAUCUGGGGGUCCCCAGGAAGAAUUCUAGCAGCACAUCACAGAAGGCUAAGACAGAGAAAGAUGGAGAUAGUGACAAAUCUUCAGGACCUCUGCCUGCUCCCACUGACAGUUUGGUGGCAGCUGAACUCAAAGAUCAAACAAGUCCUCAAGAAGAGAUAUAAAAGCAAAAAAGUACUUGUAGAUUUUAGACAUAAAUAUAAAUAUAGACAUUGCUGGCCUGUAUGGUUAGACUUUAAUAUCCUGGUGGAUGACCUGUAUGUAAAUAGACUGUAAAAGUAAAUAGUUCUGAAUGCAUAAAAUAUAAUUAUAUGACUGUUAUAGGAGUGAUAUUCUAGAUUCAUGAGAAUCAUUAAAUUUAAAUGUUUUGACUUCAAACAGAUGACAGGAGUUUAAAGGAUAAGACAAUAUCAGGUUUAUGCCAGUGACUGAAUUUGCAUGAAGGCAACACGGUAUAAUGAAUUAAAAUAAAACUGAACAUAAAAUGUAGAAAAUAAAUGGUUUGUUUUAAAGACCAAUAAAACAUAAU